UCCAGUAAAGAUGAAUCCGGUACUCGCCUUCGAGUAUUUGUUCUUCGCCGUCUUUGGCCAAACGACCCACGGCGAACUGAAGGUCGAGAACAAUCAGCCGCAGUGGACCUCGGUCCUCUUCAAAUUGACCUUCGGCGUGUACAUGUUGGUCUCGGUAGUGGUGUUGAUUAAUCUGCUGAUCGCCAUGAUGAGCGACACUUAUCAACGGAUACAGGCGCAAUCGGACAUUGAGUGGAAAUACGGACUCAGUAAACUGAUUCGAAACAUGCACAGAACUACCACAGCUCCAUCCCCGCUAAACUUGCUCACCACCUGGACCGUGUACUUCAUCAAGUUGUGCAAGCAGCGCACCACUAAGCGCAAGCGACCCUCGUUGGUGCACAUGAUGGGAUUCGGGCGCGCCAGUCGUUUAUCGCCUAGGUCAAAAAUGGGCGCAAAAUGGUUGGCCAAGAUCAAAAAAGGUCAGGUCCGCCCAAAGAAUAGCGUGACCCUCUCCGUGGUGCAUCUCAGCCCGCUGGGCAGCCAACUGUCCUUCAAUAGCGCGACCAGAAUAGAGAAUGUAGUGGACUGGGACUCGAUCAGAAAGAAGUAUCUCAUCCUAACCGGGAACGAGCCCGAGAAAGAAGAAGAGAAGGAAGAGAAGACCAACGAGGAUGAGAACGAAGACGAGAAUGGGCCAACGGCAUCCAACGCGUCGACGAUACCGGCGACAGCCUCAAAUCCACCCACGUAAAAAAUUUGUCAUCGCCCUUUGCUACUUUUCGGCCAAAUUGCCAAGUACGAGCCCGCCAAAAAAAAAAAAGACGAGCAAACGAGCGAUUAAGAUACCGUCGGCCAUUGUACUACCGUGCUCAGUAUUACCUACUAGACAGACUUAGCGACAGAUUAAGUGCGCUAAAGAUAUUCACCUCCAUGAACAAUAUUUAAAUUUUAAACCGCUACCGCAGACACAGACCUCUCAGACGAUCGAGCGAGACCAUCAUAGAGGAUCCCCGCACGAUCCUCGGCGCACCGGCGACCAGCCGAGCAUUUAA